GACGAGCCGCGAUCAGUCAGCGGCACUGAAGUUAGCGUUGUGUUACUGGAGAGGAAAGUUACAGUGAAAAGACCAGACUGUUCAAGUCAGCUCCCCAAACCACCCGACUUAAAGAAGGAGGAGGAGGAGGAGGAGGAUUAAAGGAUCCGAAUGGUCCCAAUGUUAACGGAACCUCUGCGCUGAGAACAACAACCUUGUGACUACAUUCAUCUUUGUUUUUUAAGCCUCUGGGGUUGGAGACCAGAAUAAAGGAGGAUUUAAUGCACCCAAUCUAGUUGAAUACGAGUAGGACUAAGAAGCUCAUGAGAAACUAAACAGCAAACUGCCUAUGUAGAGGCUUGGCUUGUAAGAGGAUGAGUCCCUGCACAUCGGGCCGAGCUUCCAUCAUUAUCAUUCUGCCAUGGUGUCUCUGGCACAGCGUAAUGUUGCUAAAUGUCGAGGAUCCAAAUGUAUGCAGCCAUUGGGAGAGCUAUUCGGUGACCGUCCAAGAAUCCUAUGCCCACCCAUACGACCAGAUUUACUAUACGAGCUGCACUGAUAUCCUGAACUGGUUUAAAUGUACUCGGCACAGAAUAAGUUAUCGUACAGCCUACAGACGGGGAGAGAAAACAAUGUACCGUCGUCGUUCUCAGUGCUGUCCGGGAUUUUAUGAAAGUUCUGAGAUCUGUGUCCCCCACUGUGCUGAGAAAUGCGUCCAUGGAAGAUGUAUCGCUCCCAAUACCUGCCAGUGUCAACCAGGAUGGGGAGGUCCAAACUGUUCCAGCGCAUGUGACAGCAGUCACUGGGGGCCCCACUGUAACAACCGGUGUCAGUGCAAGAAUGGAGCUCUGUGUAACCCCAUCACUGGGGCGUGCCUCUGCACACCAGGCUACAAGGGCUGGAGGUGUGAGGAGCUCUGUGGCCCUGGAACGUACGGCAAUGGGUGCCAGUUGAAAUGCCAGUGCCAGAAUGGGGCAACCUGUGACCACGUGACCGGCGAAUGCAAGUGCACUCCUGGAUACACCGGAGCUUUCUGUGAAGAUUUGUGUCCCCCUGAUAAACAUGGACCACAGUGUGAGGAACGAUGUCCUUGUCAGAACGGCGGAGUCUGUCACCAUGUGACGGGAGAAUGUGCCUGCCCUCCUGGAUGGAUGGGAACCGUUUGUGGUCAGCCAUGCCCUGAGGGAAGAUAUGGAUUAAACUGCUCACAGGAAUGUCAGUGUCACAAUGGUGGAAAAUGUGACACAUCAACGGGACAAUGCCAGUGUGCAGCUGGCUACACAGGGGAGAGAUGUCAAGAUCAAUGCUCCUUUGGUACUUAUGGUAGAAACUGCAGUGAACGAUGCAGCUGCCUCAAUGGGGGCAAGUGCUACCACAUCAGUGGGUCAUGUCGGUGUGAGCCAGGCUUCACGGGGGAUUCCUGCCAGACCCGCAUGUGUCCUGACAAUAUCUACGGGAUGAACUGUGACAAGCACUGCCCCUGCAACCCACAAACUACACUCGGCUGUCACCCCAUGUCUGGCGAAUGUACUUGCAAACCCGGAUGGUCUGGACUCUACUGCAACGAGACAUGUGCUCCUGGAUUUUAUGGUAUAUCUUGUCGUCAAAUCUGCAGCUGCCAAAACGGAGCAGACUGCGAUGGCGAAACUGGCAACUGCAUCUGUGCACCAGGAUAUAAGGGGUCUGAUUGCUCGAUUCCUUGUCCGUCUGGUACCAAUGGAGUUAACUGUUCCUCUACCUGUGUCUGUAAAAAUGAAGCAGCCUGUUCACCAGUCGAUGGCUCUUGUACAUGUAAAACAGGUUGGCAUGGGGUGGAUUGUUCGAUUCCCUGCCCUCGAGGUAAAUGGGGUCUUGGAUGCAACGCAACAUGUCGUUGUGCAAAUGGAGGAGCCUGUAACGCUGUGGAUGGGAGCUGCACUUGUUUAGCUGGAUGGCGAGGGUAUAAAUGUGUACAUCCAUGCCAGGACGGCUCAUACGGAAUUAAUUGCAUUGAGCGUUGCGACUGCAGUCACGCUGAUGGAUGUCGCCCUACCACUGGGCAUUGCCGCUGUCUGGCUGGUUGGACAGGGAUUCACUGUGACAGCGUGUGUGCCGAAGGGCGUUGGGGGCCAAACUGUACCUUGCCCUGUAACUGCAAGAAUGGAGCCUCCUGCUCCCCUGAUGACGGGGCCUGCAAGUGUGCACGGGGAUAUCGAGGAACCACCUGCCAACGCAUCUGUUCUCCUGGAUUCUAUGGGCACCGUUGCAGUCAAGCCUGUCCUCACUGUGUCCAUAGCAUUGGGCCUUGCCACCAUGUGACCGGCCAGUGUGACUGCCUGCCUGGUUUCACAGGAGCUCUUUGCAAUGAAGUGUGUCCGAGUGGACAGUUCGGAAAGGGCUGUACUAGAGCCUGCACUUGCACUAACAAUGGAACAUGUAACCCCAUUGAUGGCUCCUGUCAAUGCUAUCCUGGCUGGAUUGGAAGUGACUGUUCUCAAGCCUGCCCGCCAGGAUACUGGGGCCCGAACUGUAUCCACACCUGCAACUGCCACAAUGGAGCCUACUGCAGUGCUUAUGAUGGGGAAUGCAAGUGCACGCCAGGAUGGACGGGUCUGUACUGCACACAGAGGUGCCCGUUAGGUUACUUUGGGAAGGACUGUGCCGAGUUGUGCCAGUGCCAGAACGGAGCAGACUGCGAGCACAUCAUAGGGCAGUGCACCUGCCGCAUCGGAUUCAUGGGCAAACACUGCCAACAGAGAUGUCUAUCAGGGACCUAUGGUUACGGCUGUCGCCAGGUGUGUGAUUGUCUGAAUAACUCGACAUGUGAUCACAUUAAAGGCACCUGCUAUUGCAGCCCCAGAUGGAAGGGCUCAAGGUGUGACCAAGCUGGCGUUAUUAUCGUGGGAAACCUCAACAGCCUUAGCCGGACCAGUACAGCCAUUCCAGUUGAUUCCCACCAGAUUGGAGCCACAGUGGGGAUUGUGGUCCUCCUUCUGCUUGUCCUCUUUCUUCUGGUGCUCUUCAUCUUGUACCGGCGCAAGCAGAAGGGGAAGGAGACCAACAUGGCAGCCGUAACCUACUCUCCCACCCUCCGAGUUAUGAACACGGAUUAUGCCAUCACAGAAAACAUGGCACAAGGAAAUACUGGGAAUGGAAACAGUCACUAUUUCUCCAACCCAAGUUACCAUACCCUCGCCCAAUGUGGGAAUCCACCACACACCAACAACUGCCAACGGGGCACAUCUGGAAAGUCAAAAAACAAUCAGCUGUUUGUUAACAUAAAGAACCUCAAAAGUCAAGGAAAGCAAGGCUCCAUGAUGGACUACACAGCAACUCUACCUGCAGACUGGAAGCAAGGAGGCUACCCGAAUGAUUUAGGUGCUUUUGGUGCUGAUAGGGGAUACGUUGGAAAAUCUCUAAAAGAUCUGGUGAAAACUUCAGGCUUUAGUGCCAGCACAUGCUCACUCAACAGUACUGAGAAUCCUUAUGCCACCAUCAAGGAUACACCAAUUUUUACGUCAAAAAAUUCAGAGUGUGGCUAUGUGGAGAUGAAGUCUCCAGCUCGCCGAGAUUCACCGUAUGCUGAGAUUGGCAACUCCACUUCAGCUAAUAAAAAUGUUUACGAAGUUGAACCUACUGUGAGUGUCGUCAAUGGAACAUGCAAUGGAAACACUCCCUUUGGCCCUUAUGACCUACCCAAGAACAGUCACAUUCCAUGCCAUUACGACUUGCUGCCAGUCCGAAGCAGUCCUUCAACGUCACAGAGAAUGAACGACAAUGAAUGAAUUAGAUGGCAGUGAUUUACAGAUGGCGAACAGUCCAGUUGAAUAGCUCUCUGGGGCAACAACAGAAGGAGUCUGGCCAAUGCCUUACCAAGUCCUCUGGACAUAUUUAGAUGAUGAUUUAACACCAGUGCUCAACUGAGUUACAGAUGAAGAGCGGGGAAAUUUUGAAGGCCGCUACACAACUAAAGAGAAUUCCCUUUACAAAAUUCCUUUUUUUUUCUAGAUGUCUUUGAGGGUUGACGUUAAACUCCUGUCUUUGGGCAUUCAUGCUAAUAUUUUGUAGUUCACCUUGUGAAAAACAUUGCUAGUGAAGAAUUUAAUUGUUUAACAAUUUUUCAGGAAGAAGGUCCUUUGAAUCGUCUUAUAACAUGCCAUUCCUUAAUUCCCACAAGCCUUUUAAAGUAAGUCAUUCCAUGUAUACAUAAAUAAUACUCAAUAAUACAAAUUGAUAAUCAUUUCAAGUAGGUAGCAUAAAAGUAUUUUAGUUCUUUAUAUUUUUAUAGAACAGUUUUGACUUAACUAAGGAAAAGAAACAAAUGAUGAUUGCGAGUGGUCACAGCAAAGUGCAAGUUAUUGAUGGAUUCUUAGUGAUUAAAAAGCACACUGUAAAUGCAAGCAUCUAUAGAGACUUCCAAUGCUUUGCCACCACGUACUGUAUCUUUGAGCUUAUUGCAUCCACAGCCAUUUUCUGUUUCUUCUCUGCGAGCUUCUUGUAAAAUAAAAACAAUGCUGUGCUUAAGCUGGUCUUGUGCAUCACAAAUAAAUUUGUAAAAAUAGUAGUGAUUUUAGCUUACUUUUGUUUUAUUUUUACUUUCCCAAUAACCAGCUGCAUAAUUGAAGGCUGUUACACUGUGAUCUGGUGAUAUAUGCUCUUGUUUUUGCAUUUAAAUCUGUGUUCAGAUUAAUGAUUGGUUUCAUGAGAGUGUUAUGUUUUUUUUCUUCUGAGGAUAUUGUGUCACAAUCCUGAGCCUAUGUUAUUAAUCCUGUGUAUUGUAUAAUAAAUUGUACAUAGAGGCAAACCAGGUUAAACUGAUUGACAAGUGGUAACUUGUUUAAUGGACAAAACUGUACAGUACAGAAAAUACAUCUUGGCCUGCCAGUAUCAUUAACUUGUAUGUGCUGUUGCACUAUAGCUGGAUUGGAAUGUGACAUAUAUACUGCCCCACCGAGACCAUAGGUUCUUUCCCCUAAGCAAUAACAUCUUUAUUACAUUAUUUAUGUUUUUUCUCAUGACGAGUAUAAACCAUAACAAACCAUGGAAGUGUAUUAUUCCAACUCAUUUACUCCAACUGAAUGCCAACGCUAAAUGGUUUUCAUCCUGCUUUAAAUCAUUAAGCAUUAUCUGCAACAUUUUAUGUAGAGAUUGUUUGUCACCAGCUUUUUAAUAAAAAUUACUUUUUGAAAGUGUA